AUGGCUUUCCGACUUUUCGCGGGCAUCACUGGACGUCAGCUCUUGGCUGGCGGCGCUGCGCUUGGAGGAACCGGCCUUGCUGGGUCACUGAUUCAGACAGAAAGUGAAAGGUUGCAGGCCACUGAAGCUCAAGUGCAGUUCCAUACCUCCUCCAUCCACCCUACUCCCGUUGGAUUCAGCCCUUGGCAGAUUCGCAACGACUACCCUACCUCAGACAUUCUCAAGGCUCGCCUCAAGGCACAGAAGGAUGAUUCGCUCCCUCAUGCUCCCUCCCCAUUGAUCCCUGCCCCCGGAUUGCCCGGUGACUUUGAGGGCGAGAAUGCGCCGUGGUUCAAGUACGAUUACGAAAAGGAACCGGAAAAGUUUGCUGAGGCCAUCAGAGAGUAUUGUUUUGAUGGCAAUGUCGACAAAGGGUUUCGACUCAAUGAAAACAAGAUCCGAGACUGGUACCAUGCACCUUGGAUGCAUUAUCGGGACCCAAACUCGAGCUGUACCGAGCGUGAACCCAUCAAUGGCUUCACAUUCGAGAGAGCGACACCCGCCUUAGAGUUUGCUAAGACACAAAAUGUAACCCUACAAAAUUGGGCCGUUGGAUUCUAUAACGCUACCGGGGCCACUGUCUUUGGCGAUAUGUGGAAGGAUCCUGAUAAUCCCGACUUCUCCCAGAACAAGGAGUUUCCGGUCGGAACAUGUGUUUUCAAGAUCUUAUUGAACAACUCGACACCCGAGCAGAUGCCCAUUCAAGAUGGCGCCCCAACAAUGCACGCAGUCAUUUCCAAGUCAACCAGCAACGGAAAGGAGCGUAAUGACUUCGCAUCGCCGCUUCGUCUGAUCCAAGUCGACUUUGCUGUCGUCGAUAAACGCUCACCGAUCGGAUGGGUCUUUGGCACUUUCAUGUAUAACAAAGAUCAGGCUGGAAAAGGCCCUUGGGAUAGACUCACUCUUGUUGGCCUCCAGUGGGGUAAUGAUCAUUGGUUAACGAACAAGGUCUAUGAGGAGACCAAGGCUGAGGCUAAGCCGCGAGAAUGUUAUAUCAGCAAGAAAGCAGAGGAUAUUAGAAAGCGAGAGGGUGGCACACGACCCUCCUGGGGAUGGAAUGGCCGUAUGAAUGGCCCAGCCGACAACUUCAUCUCGGCAUGUGCCUCUUGUCACUCAACGUCGACGUCCCAUCCCAUGUACAAUGGCAAGGUCAAGGAUGGCGUGAGGCAAACCUACGGAAUGGUGCCGCCACUAAACAUGAAGCCUCUUCCACCGCAGCCUAAGGAAGGCUACACCUUCAGCGACGUUAUGAUCUACUUCCGAAACGUCAUGGGAGGUGUACCAUUCGACGAGGGCGUCAACCCCAAUAAUCCGGAUGAGUAUGAUCCUACCUACAAGAGCAAGGUCAAGAGCGCCGACUACUCUCUGCAGUUGCAGGUCGGUUGGGCCAACUACAAGAAGUGGAAGGAGGACCACGAGACUGUGGUGCAGAGCAUCUUCCGUAAGACAAGAUAUGUUAUCGGUUCCGAGUUGGCCGGUGCUUCCGAUCUGUCGCAGAGAGACCAAGGUCGACAGGAGCCAACGGACGAUGGUCCGGUUGAGUGA